GAGACAUGGCCCCGCUUCUCCUGGUGCUCUGGGCAUCGCUGGUGUCUAUGGAGCUCACCGGAGGCAUGAUGGUCAACGAGGUACCAGCCCAAAACCUGAGCUGCUUCGAGUGCUUCAAGGUUCUCCAGGCCAGCAAGUGUCACCCCAUAGAGUGUCGGCCCAACGAAAAAGUCUGCGUGAGCAACGAGGUUCUCCUUUACACGAGUACAAAGAGAAGAACUCAGAUCAGCAAGCGCUGUGCCACUGCUUGUCCAAACUCCAAUAAUGUCAUUGAAUGGUCAUUGGGCAAUACUCAGGCCAGGAUCACCAGAAGAUGCUGUUCUGGGGAUCGCUGCAACAGAGCACCUGGGAGUUGGGAGGGGUUCUGGUCCUUACCAGGGAGGCUCCUUCUGCCAAUGGGUCUGGGCCUCUUCUGCACCCUGUUGUGAGGACCACUUCCUUCUUGGACCUCCUGUCUUCCACCUCAAAUCCCACCUUCAUCCAUUCCAGGACUUGCAAUUCAAUGGUCUGUCUGUGGGGUAGAAGGGAGGACACCAUAUCCUUUGCUGAGGACUCAGCAGUCUGCUCCUCCCUGACAUCCUGGCCCAGGAACUAGGAAUAAAACCCUGCUGCUCCUCAUGGAGACAGAGAGGGAGUAUUUCCAAUGCAGACUAUAGGCUUCUUCAAAAAAAAAAAAAAAGAAAACCCUUGACCCUUGGCACACUGUCAUGCACUGUAAGUGGGAGAUGGACCUGAUGAAGCAAGAGGUGCAGCCACACUCUGGCACUGCUCCACUUGUGUCCCCUGUUCAUGCACUUGAACUUGGGCAUCUCACUCAGAGACAGUAAACUUGCUUCCCCACA